UGUGACGUCAAGAGUGCUCUGGUGUCUUCUUCGCCGAUCACGCCGAUCCGCCGCCGUGAGCUUCCGCCGCAGUCGCCGCCAGCAUCACCACCUAGAGAAACGCGAGUAGGAGGCUAGGCGGCCAUGUCGGUGGCUUGCGGGCUGGAGUGCGUCGUCUGUUUGGGCUGCUCACGCUGGGCUUGGAAGCGCCUCACCUACGUGGGCGCCUACGACAGCGAGACCUGGCCACCGGCCUCCUCCGAGGAGAUCGAGCCCAUUCCUCGCAUUUGCCGCGCCAUCCUUGCCGUAUACGAGGAGGAUCUUUCCCACCCCCUCUAUGCCCCCGCCGGCGGCUACCGGAUGGAUCCCGCUGACGUCGUCAAGCGUGUGCCGUACGACAAGAUCCCCGACGGACGGUGCCCGCCCUAUCUCAUCUACGUCGACCGCGAGCACAAGGAGGUCAUCCUCGCCGUCCGCGGCCUCAACCUCGUCCGCGAGGGCGACUACAAGGUGCUCCUCGACAACCGCCUUGGGCAGCAGAUGUUCGACGGGGGCUACGUCCACCACGGGCUCCUCCAGGCUGCCACCUGGCUCCUAAACCGCGAGUCCGACACCCUCCGCCGCCUCCUGCGCGAGCUCGGCCCCCAGUACAAUCUCGUCUUCGCCGGCCACUCACUCGGCUCCGGCAUCGUCGCCCUCAUGACCAUCAUCGUGGUCAACCACCUCGACCGCUUUGGGGGUAUCUCCAGGAGCCAAAUUCGAUGCUACGCCCUCGCCCCUGCUCGCUGUAUGUCGCUCAACCUCGCUGUCAAGUAUGCCGAUGUCAUCAACUCCGUCAUCCUCCAGGAUGAUUUUUUACCAAGGACAGCAACACCAUUGGAGUAUAUCUUUAGUUCUAUAUUCUGCUUGCCCUGCUUGCUCUUUUUAAUUUGCAUGAGAGAUACAUUUAUUCCAGAAAAGAGAAAACUUAACGAUCCGAGGAGGCUUUAUGCUCCUGGUCGGAUGUAUCAUAUCGUGGAGAGAAAGUUUUGCAGAUGUGGAAGGUAUCCUCCUGUCGUAAAAACUGCUAUUCCUGUCGAAGGAAGAUUCGAACACAUUGUGCUAUCAUGCAGUGCCACAUCCGACCACGGAAUUGUAUGGAUUGAACGCGAAGCUCAAAAGGCCUUGGAUUUGUUGAAGGAGGAGCCCACCUCGCCGCCGCCUCAGCAGCAAAUGAGUAGGAAACAGAGCCUUGAAAUGGAACACAAGGAUGCACUGGAAAGGGCAGUGAGCUUAAACAUAGCGCAUGCUCUAGCAACAACUGAAGAGGUUAGUGCAACCGGAGAGGAUAGCAAAUCCAGCAUCGACGCGGCUGCUCCCGAGGUACUGCAGGAUCCAACACUACCAUCCAUCAGUUCUAAGUCGAGUGGAAGGACAAACUGGGAUGAAUUGGUAGAUAGGCUAUUUACGAGAAACGAAUCGGGGCACCUGGUUUUGAAGAAAGAGGUACUAAACAUAGAUGAUGGCACUUAGAAUCGCUAUUAAAGUUUCAACAUCUAUUUCGGCUUUCUUCGGUU